AUGUUUACCGCCGAAAAAAAUCAAGUAGAAAUUUGUUUACUGAAAUCUAACUUGGAAGAAAUAGAAAAUGAGUUGGUUGUGCAACGGUCUGCGUGGCCCAAAUUCGAUGCCGAAAAUGAGCAAAAAUUUCGCGAGUCAUUAAGCGCUGUACGAGUUUCGCGAGCUCUUUGUGUGGAAAUUGAAAAUCUCAACCAAGAAAAUGUGCGAUUAGUAGCAAAACGUAUGUAUUUAAAGAUGCAGAGCGAAGAUUUGGCUAAAUCGUUGGAGAAGGCGAGAGAAGAAUAUAAUGACAUGAGUGUCGCAUACAAUCAAGAAAACCGGGAGACGGAGCUUCUAAUACGGGAAUAUGAGGGCUUAUUACGUGAGAAAACGACACGUUUUCGACAAACACGUGCUUGCUUUAAUGAAAAAGAAAUGACGCGAGAGACGGAAACGAUUGACGAUGCAAAUUUGGAGCUUGAGACAGAGAUAGCCAAUCGUCGGUCUGUAGUGGAAGAGAUGAAGAGACAACUCGACGAGUUAGCACCGAACGUACCGGAGGACCUGCUCAUAAUUGUUGGGAAAAAACAAUUGGACGACGAAGUAAAGUUUCUGUCUGAAAAAAAUGACGCACUACAAAAAGCAGGAAACGAUCUCUUGAAAAAACUAAACAAUACUUUUUCUUCUUUUUUAAGAAAAUAA